GGGAUUGCAUAGCCAGGCUUUCCAGGCCUUCCCUGCUGUGGCCCCCCACCUCCCUUACUCUGUGCCCCUUCCUCAACUUCCACCUAAACCUCCCCCUACUCCCCAGGGCACUGCAGGCCUAUCCCUGGGUGCUGCCCAUGCCCUUGAAUUGAGCCAGGGUUCAAAGAAAAGCACAAGGGCGAUGGGGAGAAGGCCCCCAAAGGGAGCGCUAACCUCCAGCCCCAGAGAAGGCCUUGCUGGGCUGAGAGCAUCUGUCUCACUCAGUAGGACCCCACGCCUAACCCUUUUAUCUUCCCUGAGCAGGUGCUGUUUGGAGGGGUGAGACUAUGACAGUGCUCUGUGGUGCGGGGCCUAGGAGAUGAUGGCAAGGCUAGGAGUGGGGUUACUGCUUCCUUGUUCUUUGGGACACAGGCCCUCUCCUUUCCAAUUAAUUAGGCUUUAUUAAUGAAACACCAGGCCUCUGGUAAACAUUUCAUUUAUUCAAGCCUGUUACUAAUGGAAAAGGCCUACGGAGUCUAAAAUUUGCUUUCUAAAAUCUGGCUCCAAAAUCCUGUUUCUUAUAUAAAAUGAAAAUUUCUCUUAAAUCAAGUGGUCAAACCAGAGGCCAGCCAGGCCCUACCUCAAUUUCUUAAUCUGCAUAACACACUACUUAAAUCUGGAUCACUGUCAAGAGGUGACAAUGGCCCUUCUUUAUUCUUAUCCAAGUUAUAAAAAGGGGCUGAAUGGAGAAAAUUCUCCUGGCCCUCCUCCCCUCCACCAGCUGAUGUUGAGGCCUGCUCCCUGCCCUGUACAGAUCCAGUGCCAUAGCUGUCCCUUUCUGUCCCCAUGCUGUUCAUACUUGGAGCCCAGGCUCUGACAGAGCCCCUCCCUCUUACACCGUGUCUCACUGUGACAGGCCCGACAAAUUGACAAAGGAUCAUCCUAACCAGAGAAGUGAGAGGAUUCCUGGGGGAUGGGUCUCUAAGGGGCCACCACCCAUGUCUGUGGACUGGGGAGGAGGCCAGGCCCGGGCUUCAGUCUCCAGCCACCCGCACUCUACAGCACCCCUCACCCCUGUAGCCAUCUCCCCUUUCCAGUUUUGUCUGGGCAGCAAUAUACCCAGCAAAAAUAUCUAAUUUUCCAGCCUUCCUGAUAAUCAGGAGUGACUGCAGGCCUUGAAAUGGACUAGAAGUGCACUGGCCAGGCCUUCUGGGAAAGCCAGUGUUUUCUAAUCAAGUGGACAGACCCAGCUGGUUUGCUCUCUGCCUUUGCCCCCUUUUCCUGUCACAACGUCAGAGGCAAUGCCUCCAGAUGCAGCUCAGACUGCUGGGACAAAACUAGAGUGUCUGGGUUCUGGCAGCCUCAGGGCAACUGCACUAGCUCAGGCUAGCCCACCCAGGCUCUUCAGCUCUCACCUGUCAAAGCUGUCCUGGCUAGGCUGCUGUCCCAAUACAGCAAGCAGCAUCUCAAUGACAUCUUGUCAACAGGUCUCCAUGGGAAGCAUCCUGGUGCUGUAAGUGCUUAGACACUGUAGGGCCAGGCCACCAGGCCCUGGCACCAACCUGCUUCCACCCAGUGCCCUUCCUUAGUAAGGACAGGCAGGGCUCCAUGGCCUGCUUUGGGCCAAAGUCUCAGGUGGCUUCCAGACAUGUGCAAGGGCCUCAGAACCCUCUUGCUGCAUACCAAGCCAUGCCUGUAAGCAGGAUACUUCUCUGGACCCCUUGCAAGCCAGCCUGCUGCCAGCAGGGUCAGCGACCUUAGGGCUCACUCAGUAGCUAAGGAUGGAACAGUGUGGGUUCUCUUAAAAAAGAGAAACAGAAAAAAGAGAGAGAGAAACAGGAGAGGGGAAACACUGUUUUCCAAACACUGGAAAUGUUUUUUUCUUUUUUACUGUAGUGAAACUUACCAUCUUAACCACUUUUAACCAAGCAUUCAGCAGUGGUAAGCACAUUCACAUCAUCAGGCAACCACCACCAUCAUCUGAAGAUUUCUGUCUUCCCAAACUGAAACUGCACUCAUUUAUUUUGUGAGCCCCAGCUAAAUUAUGGUUCCAGGACCAGACUGGUUAGCAACCCUGCCCUAAGAGAAAAUGAAGGGCAGCUGGACCUGGCAUUUAGCGUGGGCCUUUAUGGCCUACUUCUCUCACCUGCAGCCAGAUUUUUGCACGGGAAACUUGAAGAAGAAACUAUGAAACUAUUCUUCAAUCCAAGGUCACUUACGACGUAGGUUUAUACCUCUGUUUUUUUCCUAGUAUUUUUGUCUUACUUUUAGGUAUUUUGGUCUGUUUUUGAGUUAAUUUUGUAUUUGAUGUGAGAUAGUUGUCCCAGCACCAUCACUGUCAAAUGACUAUUCUUUCCUCCAUUGAAUAGUCUUGGAACAUGUUUUUGGCAUAAGUUCAUAUAUAUAAAAAAAUGCAUCCUAUUCUUUUUGAUAUUUUGAUAAACCUUUAAAAAAUGCUUUUAAUAAACAUUCAUUUAUUAAUAAGUGUGUCCAAGAGUCUUCUCUGCUAAACUGAGCAUGCAGCAGUGAAUAAGACAAGUGUGCCAGGAGCCUGCAUUUGAGACAACAAGUGAGCAGGGAAGGGAUCCAUGAACAAUUGCAUGAUGAAAGGUCUAGGAGGAAACACAUAGGACAGGAGGUGGGAAAUGAGGGGCCUGGGUAAAGGUGUACUUUGUAUCACAAGGUCAGCAGAGUCCUCCCAGAGAACUCAGGCCAGCUGUGCAAAGUCUCUGAGGCUGGAACUAGUUUGCCCUGCUGGAGGAACUGGGAAGAAGAGGUGGUGGUGGUGUGUGGGUAGGGGGAAGCACAGAGGUCAUGUGCUGGGAAAUGAGGGCAAAAGUGGGGGAGGAGGCCAGACCACUAAGGCCAUAAGGGCAGUAGGAAGUUGGGGAGAGUUGGCUGGGGGGAGGGUUGGCAUAACUAGAUUUACAUUUUUUUUUUUUAGAUUUGCAUUUUUAGGAGAGCAAAGCCUGCCCCUUGGAGAACAGAGAGAGAGGGAGGGAGUAGGGAGGGUGGAGGCUUAUGAACAGAUAAUAGUCAUUUUUCCAAGAUCCUAGGAGUAAAGCAUGGGUUUGGAUCUGGAUGGUGUGAGGAAGGAGAGAAGUGGAGAGACUCCAGAUUAACUGUGGAGGUGCCGAGUGCAGAGAGGAGAGGAAGGCUAAAUUCAGAGAGUACUUCAGCUCUUGCAGUGUUAGGCUGGGUCACUGCGGGAUUGGAAGUCCAGGCAAGAAUCCCAGCAGGUAGGCCUGAGUGUCAGGAAAGGACCUGGGGUAUGCAAGCCAGGUCUGUGAAUCAAGCGGGGGCGGGUUUUACCCCCAGUGAGCUCGCUUGGGAGGGUGCCCAGCCUGGUGACCAGGUUCAAAUUCUGAAUCUGCCAGUUGAGGGUUGGGUGCCCCCGGACAACCGGCUGGAGCUCUCUGAACCGGUUUCCUCGAACCUGUGCAGACCGAGUUAGCUCUAAUGUUAAGUUAAGCACUUCGGUAAACGCUUACGAGAUGUUGCCUCUCCCUUUGCCUGCACUACCCAGACACAGAAAAAGGAUGCGAAGUCUAACAAGCCAACUUUCCGAGCGGGAAAUCACACUGAAGCGCGGAGAACUGGAUCUUCCCGUCACGCUCCGCUCUCCCAUGACGUCACGCCGGACCCGGCAGGCCUCGCGUCCCUCCACGCCGGCUCCCGCGCAUGCGCAGCUUUCUCUGGCCGCUGCGCCGGGCCUAAGCGCUGUCCGCGUUCCGGGGCGGCCGAAGGCGUCGCGCGCGCGUCUGGGCGGGGCGGAUCGCACUUCCUCCUAGGCCGCGACUCAGACCCCGCUGCCGAGCCCAAGAUGGACCUCUCGACGCUACUGGCCGCUCCCCCCGCGCGCGGUGGUCAACGUAGCGGCGGGCCCGGCCGACACCGCCGAGGCCCAGGACCACCGCUCAGCCCGAGUCCCGCGCGCCGCCGCCUGCUACUGCUGCGGGGCUCGGAAGAUGGCGGGCCCGGGCAGCGGUGCGGGGAGGCCCCUGCGCCGAGCCCGCCGCCCUCCGAGGAUGGGGAUGGAGACGCCAUCCUGCUGCUGCUGGAAGUACCGCGCGGCGCCGCCGCUGAGGCCUCCACACAACCGGAGGUCGAUCCCGGCCCUCGCGCAAGCCCCGCGGGCCUCGCGGAGCAGGCCCUCAGCGGCCCUGCCGCCGUCCCCGGCCCGGCCCUCACGGGCACCGUCACCAUCAACAACCAGGACCUACUGGUGCGUUUCGACCACGGCGUCUUGACACUGGCCGCCGCGCCGCCGGCUCCGGGCCCUCAGCCGCUUCGUCCGCCCGCGCCACCCGGCCCGGACGCCGCGAGCCCCGCUGAGGGUCGCCGCGGGCCCUCGGGCGCCGGCCCCGGGGCGCCAGGCUACCGCUGCCCGGAGCCGCAGUGUGGGCUGGCCUUCGCCAAGAAGCACCAGCUCAAGGUGCACCUGUUGACGCACAGCGGCAGCCAGGGCCGGCGGCCCUUCAAGUGUCCGCUGGAGGGCUGCGGCUGGGCCUUCACCACCUCCUACAAGCUCAAGCGGCACCUUCAGUCUCACGACAAGCUGCGGCCCUUCGGCUGCCCCGUGAGCAGCUGCGGCAAGAAGUUCACCACCGUGUACAACCUCAAGGCGCACAUGAAGGGCCACGAGCAAGAGAGCCUGUUCAAGUGCGAGGUGUGCGCUGAGCGCUUCCCCACGCACGCCAAGCUCAGUUCCCACCAGCGCAGCCACUUCGAGCCCGAGCGCCCAUACAAGUGUGAUUUUCCCGGCUGUGAGAAGACAUUCAUCACGGUGAGUGCCCUGUUUUCCCAUAACCGAGCCCACUUCAGGGAACAAGAGCUCUUUUCUUGCUCUUUUCCUGGGUGCAGCAAGCAAUAUGACAAAGCCUGUCGACUGAAAAUUCACCUGAGGAGUCAUACAGGUGAAAGACCCUUUAUUUGUGACUCAGACAGUUGUGGCUGGACCUUCACCAGCAUGUCUAAACUUCUAAGGCACAAAAGGAAACACGAUGAUGACCGGAGGUUUACCUGCCCUGUCGAAGGCUGUGGGAAGUCGUUCACGAGAGCAGAGCACCUGAAAGGACACAGCAUAACCCACCUGGGCACAAAGCCAUUCGAGUGUCCUGUGGAAGGGUGCUGUGCUAGAUUCUCCGCUCGCAGCAGUCUGUAUAUCCACUCGAAGAAGCACAUGCAGGAUGCAGGUGCUCCCAAAAGCCGUUGUCCAGUAUCCAGCUGCAAUAGACUCUUCACCUCUAAGCACAGCAUGAAGGCUCACGUGGUUAGACAGCACAGCCAGUGCCAAGAUCCCUUACCUCAGCUAGAAGCUCCAAGUCCUCUGGUGCCCAGCAGCGAGCUCGCUAACAUAGACCUGGCAGCGCUCUUCUCUGACUCGCCUGCUGGCGGUACUGGUUCUGCUAGUGGCUCAGACGAGGCACUGAACUCUGGAAUCCUGACUAUUGAUGUCACUUCUGUGAGCUCCUCUCUGGGAGGGAACCUCCCUACCAAUAAUAGCUCCUAUGGGCAGAUGGACCCCCUGGUCCUGGUGGCUCACAGUGAAAUGCCUCCAAGUCUGGACAGCCCUCUUCUUGGCACGGCAGCCACUGUUUUCCAGCAGGGCAGCUUCAGUGUGGACGACAUGCAGACCAUGAGUGCAGGAGCAUUAGGCUGUUUGGUGGCUCUGCCUGUGAAGAACUUGGGUCAAGACCCACCACCUGUGACCUCCAGCAGUAAUUCGGCAGCACACGUCACUGCACCUGCCUCUUCAGGUGCCCCCCGUGGGAGUGCCAGUGUCCCAAAGGGGCUGGCUGCAGUCAAGGUGGAGCAGGACUCGCUUCCCAGCCCUGAAGCAGCUGGGCUGCAAGAAGGAAGCUGCAGGCUGGCCCAGCCUGUGCCGUCUAGCCCAGUGGAGAGGUCUGGUGCUCAGGACACAGAGCUCAGUGCGGGCACCGGCAGCCUCUACUUGCCGUGUGAUGUGGGGCUCCCUCGCUUCUCUGAGUACAAAUGGUGUGUGGUGAAUGGGUUACAGGAAAGUGGGGGCUCAGCAAGAACUGAUUACCGAGCCAUUCAACUAGCCACGAAAAAAAAGCAGAAAGGAACUGGGAGCAAUGCAGAUUCCUCAGGGGCUACUCAAAGAAAAAUAAAAGGUGGCAAAAUCAGUCCUCCCCGCUUGCAUGUAAACCAUAGCGGCUGGGUGUGUGGAAACUCUGCAGUGCCCAGUGGAGGGCUCCCGGGACCAGCUCUGACAGCGGGGGUGCAGUGCGUCCAGAUCCAGUUACUGCAGGACGAGCCUUCCGGUGAUGGUGUCCUGCUAGCCCAUAGCCCACGGCUGCCUGUCCUUCAUCCCUUCCUUGCUGUGGACCUGCCCAUCUAUGUCCUCCAGGAGGUGCUUCCCACAGCUGGAGACGCUGCCAGGCCUGGGGCCACACAGUUCCCACGAAGCACUAUCAACCUGCGGGACCUGCAGAGACAACCAACCCCUGCCUGUGGAGACCAGAGGGCCAUGUUAUAGACUCUGUGUUCCUGAGACUUGAAUGACUGUGGGUUGUGGGCCUGGGGAGACCCCACUUGGUUUUUCAUCAGAAGACUAGCCUAGUUCUUUAGAGACUUUCGGGUACAUUUACCAAAAAUGUUUCCUUCAGUCCUGGGAGGAAACAAUUUGGGCUGCCGCUGACAUUGCCUCCCCACAGGCUAUGCACAUUGUGGUCCUUCUCCUGAGUCUGUGAGUCUAAGGAGCAUAACACACUUGUUGGAUUAAAAAAAAAAAAAAGACUUCAGAAGGAGAUCAUGGGCUCUUGGUCAAAUACAACUCUGUCUGUUGUAAAACUAGGCUGAGCCUUUCAGCUUCAGUGUUUCAACAUUUUCCUGAGCCUAGAACACCCAUUCUACAUUUCUGAGAGCUCGUAUAUCAGGUCAGUUCCCACCACAUUGGGUGGUAUUUGUGGGCAGGUCGGUUUUGUCACAUCAUAGGGCAAAGUGGUCCCACUGCUGCAGUGAAACCAAAUUCUAGUCCACAUGUGGUAGAGAAGGCAGGCAGCUAGCUGGGCGGUCCCUACAAGCCCCCUAGAGCGCAGCUAUAGCUCAGAGUCGGGGUGGUAAAUUUAAAACUUAAAUUUUAAAGAUUCUGUAUUUGGGUAUAAAUGUUAAUAAUUUGACAGUAGUUUAUAAAGUAAUGUUGUGGAUUUUAUAAAUUAUGUG